AUGAAAUAUUUGCAAGGAAUCACAUCUACUUCUCUAAACUUCCCGCUUCGCUCGCACAUAGUCCGAGAAAAGGCUACCGGGACUCCCAGCUCUCAAGAGACCGAUACCCCAUUUCCAAACGGCCUAGGGAGCGACACCAAGCUUCCGUGUCCAGGAUGGUACGGUGUGUGGCUAGCCGAACAAUUCAAGCAACUGCCGACACGAUGUUUUGAUAUAUUCCACAUCAAUCAGGACACUGGCGACGAAGAUGCUCACUGGAAGGUGUUUUUAGUUGCAUUUUCAACGGUCGCUGAAUGCAUCGUCGCAUCGCCCUCAGUCACAAUUGACGAGAUCAUCGCCCAGUUAUAUGACAAGGGCUUAAUGGCAGAGGAUGUCCCCGUUGAACAAUCGCAAGACUACCUCCACUUAGUCCGUUAUUUAGUAUUUUGUGCUCUGGGAUGGCAAACCAUGCUCUUCACUCCUGCGCCUCUGGGGUCGCUAUCCCAACCAGUAUAUCAUCUAGCCAUGGACGAGAGGGAAGGCUGCUGCGAGUAUACACAUAUGUCAUUGCGACAAGAUACGCGUGCCUGCGAGCGCGAAUCACUGAGCGAGUUCCUCAUGGGAUUCGGACUGUUGCUUCCGCCGAAGAACCUUUGUCUAAACGACAACCAGGAAGUCCAACGCGCCUUUAACCAGCAGCUCGAAGUCGACGCGAAAACGUUUAACGCCUACAAUCUCACUUCGAUAGCGGGUUUGCGCAUCAAAUGGGUCGACGCCCUGGCCUGCCAUCUGGAACUCAACUCAACGACAAAAGAAAUAUCGCUGUUUCGAUUCCCUUCGUUUUGUGAGAUUGCACUAUCCGCCCACGAAUCGACCGGUCAGGGUGCCAUCUAUUCCUGCGCAACAACUAGUAUGCUGCGCUGUCAGUGGGCAACGGAGGAGGAGAUAACUCAUUUCUUGCUUGAGGUUCUAUGUUCCUAUCGACUUCUGUUCGGGCAGACAAAGCGAUCGCGAUCCCUAUUCCGCGAUUUGGAUCCGUUUACUCGAGUGUCUAAGCCUAGCCGGGAUCCGUUACUGAAUAAAUUGUGCAGUAUGAGAUCAUGUCCUGCUCCAGGUGUUACAGAAAAAGAGAUGUAUUACCUGCCGCAUGACUUUCCUAUCCUUCGGUAUCGGAUUGUUAUUUUGCAGCGUCACCUAGCGACUGCGGCCCCUCGGACAUGGGUCCAGUUGUGGCGGGAUAAUCGAAAUUCGGCGAACUGGCUUACGUUUUGGGCUGUGAUUUUUUUCGGGGCAUUUGGCUCGCUCAUGGCCUUUCUACAAGUUCUUCUACAGCUUGUCCAGAUGAUUAAGGGCGACUAA